GUUUUCUUCCCAACAGACCCAAGAUUGACUUUUGUCUGUUUGGUUGUCCAGGAGGAGCAGGAAUUCCAGAGGAAGCAACUCGACUGCAUGACCGAAGACCUCAUGAGCGUUCAACAAAGCUUGAGUGGCAUCCCCCAGCCAGUCCUGGACUUCUUGGAGGAACUUCUGGAGUGCACGAGGAAAGAGUUUAUCUCCUGGAUUAAAACCAUCAUAAAAGACAAGUCGGAGAUCCCAGCCUUUGUGGAGCUGGCCUCCAUCUCAGCUGGGGAGAGCGACCUGGACAUCGACCGCGUGCAGAUCUUCCGUGAGGCCAUGGCUGCUGCCGCCCCCAUUGUCUACGACCUGAGUCCCACCGCUGGCUUCCAGCAGUUCAUGGCAGCUGUGGCCUUUGUCACAGAAGCUGUCACCAAAGACCCCAAGCUUACCAAGAAGCUGAAAGACUCCUGUGACAACCGGGAGUGGAUCCGGGCAGCCCACGAAGUCCAUGGCUCUGUGGAACAUUCCUCCAUCUCUCAAGCCAGAAGCAUCAAUGGAAAGGGAGUGUUCACCAUCUCAGCACCUCCAAAGUUCAAGGCUGCGCUUGAGGACUGUGUCUCCUUGCAGCUGCGGGGUGGCAGUGAGGACUGCAAGUCUCCAGCUGAGCACAGGCUCAGGAUGUACAAAUUGCCUCAGCUCACAGAGCUGCAGAACAAGCUCAUGUUGAUUGCCACCAAGGUCGAGGAGGGCAGAGCAGAGGCCAACCGGUUCCUGGAGAUACUGGAAAAAGUCAAAACGAUUGGGAAGUUGUACCUGGAGCUUCUCAGUGUUGGCAAUGUCCUCUUCAGUGGCUGGAAGGCUGAGAUCUACUGCAACCCUGAGCAGCAUGUGAAGGUCUACACUGAGUUUGGCAUUGCUGAGAUCCUUGUGCAGAGCACCAAACCCCUCCUGGAGGAGCUGGGCAGCCUCUCUAAAGCAAUGGAGCACUGCUUGAGAGAGUGGAAGAAGUACCUGGAGACUCAGAGGGACACCUACUAUCAUCUCAACCUCUUCACUGCUCAACAGCUCUUCUAUUUAUGCAGCCAACUGGCCAGGGUCCAGAAAGGCAUUGUGGAGCCUCAGGUCCUCAUCAUGCUCUCCUCCAUCAAGCACGACAUCAAGGCAGAAGAUGUCAGACAAGCCCUGGAGGAUGCCUUGAUGACCCCUCUGGAGUCUGUGGAGACGUUGGCAGGAGAGGAGGAGUUGGUCACCUGGCACGAUUACAUCAUCUGCUUCCCCCAGCUGAUCAAGAGCUUGGCCGAGUCAGGCUACGACGAGGUGGUGGCCAAGGCAGCCUUGCAGAGCUGCUUGGGCAACUCGCCCAUCACACAGCAGAUGCUGAUGGAGUUUGCCUUUGAGCACGGAGACAACCAGGAACUGGUGGAAGAGCUCAGCACCUCGUACGAGGAGGCCAGAGAAGCCUUCCUGCAGAAGAAGCGGAAGUUCAAGACAGAGCACAGAGAUGCUGGCCAGGUGUUCUUCAGCACCUUGGCCCAGGACGAGGUGGCUGCCUCCUUUGAGAGCUUGCCAUCCAUCUCUGACAAGGUCAUCCUGCUCUGGGAUGCCUACUGCAAAAAGUUCUCUGGCCUGGUGUCUGACAAAUACGUUGGGGUGGAUGUUUUGGGGGAGACCUUGAAGCGGCUGGUGGCUCUGGAGACCACCCAUGUGGAGAGGAGCUUGCCUGUUGGCUUGGAAGAGGGGAAGCCUCUUCUCAUCAUGUGUAAGGAGGAGGAGAUGUUACCCAGCAUGUUGUCGGUCUACAGGCACACGGAGGCGGCUCCUCUCCCAUCCUAUGAUGAGGUCCUGGUGUGCACUCCAGACACGGAGGAGGAGGAGGUGGAGCUGCUCGUCAGGAGAGCUCUUUCCCCAGGUUCUCAAGAGCAGAAGAUCUUCUGCUUGCUGGGGGCUGACAAGUUGGUCUACAAAGUCUCUGAACGACUCGAGUUCCACUUCUUCCGCCUGGUGCAAUCCUCCAGCAUCCCCAGCUACCGGUUCCUCAUCUUCUGCAACGCCAAAGCCCACAGCUCCUAUGUCACCACGGCCUUUGAUGCCUACAAGGUGACCUUCCCAUGCUACAACAAGCUGGAAAUCCAAAGCUACCUGAAGAUGCAUCUCAAAGUGCCAAGUGGGACAGCCCCUGUUGCCCAAGCCUUUGAGGAACCUCAUCAGCAGAACAUCAAGUUUGUCUUCUCAGAGCGAGCAGGGAUGGGGAAGUCUCUCUUUGUGGAGACCACCAUUAAGAAGGUCCAUGCCAAGUUGGGUGGCACGCUAUCACUUCACAAGACCAUUAGGCUGAUGGAGUCAGAGAUUGAUUUCCAGUUCCUGGUGGAGGAGCUCUUCUCCAUCAGGGAAUCCACCACUGAAUCUCAGCCCAGCAUCUUCCACAUUGACGUGUCUCCAGUGGUAUCAAAGGGUCUCUACCGGUUUCUGGUUGACCUCUGCAUCCUGCGGCACAUCCAGAGGCCUGAUGGCAUGGUCUGGAAGUGUCAACCUUCUCACCUCUACUUGAUUGAGUACCUGGCAAGAGGGAGCGGUGUCAGCAGCACGAAGAAGCAGGAGAUGUCCAUUGAAAUGGAAGAGAAAUUCCUGGAUCUUUUUCCCACUGUGGAAUGUGUGUCACCACUGCGGGUUCUCACCAUGCUGGGACGUCCCAGCUCUGUCCCUUCUGAGGAUCUGAGGGAGGAAUAUUUUGACUGCAAUAAGCUCAAGAGUGAAGCCUUCCAAAGGUCCUACCAAUACCUGAGAAGAUACAAAGAGAAGAGAGACCUUGACUACUUCUCUUUUGUCUCUGGAAGUGUCCAAGGGACAGACAAGGAAUGCCUGGGGUGCUUGAUGGAAUUCUGUGGGAGAAGUGACCCCUCCUGGACCGAGCUCAGCAACUUCAGCCACUUCUUGAACUUCCAGCUAAUGAAGUGUGAGGAAUCAGUCUUCUGCAGCGAGCUGGUCCUACAACAGCUGCGUGGCUUCAAAUCCUUCGUCGUCAAGUUCAUGGUCGCCAUGUCCAAGGACUUUGCCAUGCCUUCCCUCAACAUGUCUGAUGAGAGUGUGCCGAGGCAGCAGAGCAGGGUGGUGGACAAUGUCCUGAGCAGGUACCAGCUGAGACGCAGGUGGGAGCAGGAUUCUCAUCCUUACGUCGUCUUCCACGCUGGAGGUCAUUCCAUGGAGUUCUUGGGGUUCCACAUCAACCAGAACUUCGAUGCCAUUGAUGCUUACUCCCAGGCUGUUCUGGAGACCAACGUGUUGAGCCCAAGUUUGUACAGGAACUUGGUCCUCCAGAAGGUUCCUUUCAAUAGGAAAUUUGAGACCUUAUCUCGAAAGGAGCAGCUGGAGACCCUCUGCAGAGUCUUUGGCGUGGAAUGCCAGAAUGAUCCAGAUCCUUCCUACCAGCUGACCUUGGACAACACCAUGAAGAUGUUGGCCAUCUACCUCCGGUUCCAGUGUGGCAUCCCUGUCAUCAUCAUGGGUGAAACAGGAUGUGGCAAGACAAAGUUGGUGGAGUUCCUGUGCAACCUGCAAAAGGCAGGCAAGGAGGUUCAGAACAUGCUAGUGGUGCGUGUUCACGGUGGCACCACCUCCAAGACCGUCCAGGAGAAGGUCAGGCAGGCCAUGAAGCUGGCAUGUGACAACAGGACAAAGCACAACGUGGACACUGUGCUCUUCUUUGAUGAAGCCAACACCUCGGAAGCCAUCUUUGCCAUCAAGGAAGUCCUGUGUGACCGCAGCGUCAAUGGAGAGCAGAUCACCACCAGCUGCCUGAAAGUGGUGGCUGCUUGCAACCCCUACAAAAGACACAGCCAGGAGACCAUUGAGAAACUGGAGAAAGCUGGUUUGGGCUACAGAGUCCGGAGUGAAGACACCCCGGAGAAGCUGGGGUACAUCCCUCUGAGGCAGUUGGUCUAUCGGGUGCAGCCCCUCCCCCCCAGCUUGGUCCCCCUGGUCUGGGACUUCGGGGAACUGAACGUGAAGACUCAAAACCUGUACAUCAGGGAGAUCGUGAGGUCUGCCGUGGGGAAGGAGAUCCUGGCUGGAAACUUGGAGGUCUUCACCAGUGUCAUUUCAACCUCCCAGAAGUUCCUGAGAGAGAGGAAGGACGAGUGCAGGGUCGCCAGCCUUCGAGACAUCGACCGCUGCAUGAAGAUCAUGCUCUGGUUCUAUGGCUUGCGGGACCUGCUCUUCCAGCAGAUGGAUCAGAAGAGGCACGGCGAGAGGGGAAAGCAACCAACCUUAGACCCUGCACAAAGGGCUUUGGUCCUCUCUGUGGGGACCUGCUAUUACUUGUCUCUGGAGAGCCGGCAGCAGUACCUGGAGGAGGUGGCCAAAUGCUUCCCGGUCCCCGCGGCAUGGCUACAGCAAGAGAUUGAGUUGUGCCAAGAGGUCUUCCUUGAUAACUUGUCCAUCCCAAAGGCCACCGCCUGCAACAGCGCUCUGCGGGAGAACGUCUUCAUGAUGGUUGUCUGCAUGGACCUCCGGGUUCCACUCUUCCUGGUUGGGAAGCCAGGCAGCUCCAAGUCUCUCUCCAAGACCAUCGCCGUUGACGCCAUGGGAGGGAUGUCAUCAGCCAGAAGCCCCUUGUUUAAAAGAUGCAAAGUGGUCCAGCUGGUGUCCUUCCAGUGCAGCCCCUAUUCCAAACCUGAAGGCAUCAUCUCCACCUUCCGGCAAUGUGCUCAGUUCCAGAAGGGCAGGAACCUGGAUGAGUUUGUGUCCGUGGUCCUGCUGGAUGAGAUUGGUCUGGCUGAAGACUCGCCUGACAUGCCCUUGAAGACUCUCCACCCUCUUCUGGAGGACGGGUGUGUUGACGAUGAGAAACCAGAGGCUUACAAGAAAGUUGGCUUUGUGGGCAUCUCCAACUGGGCCUUGGACCCUGCCAAAAUGAACCGGGGUCUCCUGGUCUUCAGGAAUGAACCCAGCAGAGAAGAGCUGGUGAAGACAGCCAAGGGCAUCUGUGCUGACCAACCUCACUUGCACAGAAUAGAGUAUUUGUUCCCCAUCCUGGCCAGCUUCUACUGCAAUGUCCUGGCCAGGCAGAAGAUGGAGUUCUUUGGGCUUCGGGACUUCUACAGCUUGAUCAAAAUGGUUGUGUCCUACAUGCGGGACAUGAAAUGCAGCACCCAAGAGGAGCUUCUGGUCAAGGCCAUCCAGAGAAACUUUGGAGGUUCAGGAGACAUCGACCCUCUGGAGAUCUUCCAGGGCUGCAUCAGUGACGUUCGCCUCACCAACGUGGCAAGAACCAGCUGCAUCCGUCUGCUGCAGGAGAACCUGGGGACACAGCAGCCAGGCUUCAUGUCCAGGUACCUGCUGCUGCUGACCACCAACAAUGCUGCCUUCCAGAUCAUCCAGAUGAUGAGGCUCAUCGACCCUGGCAACUGUGACAUCAUCUUUGGCUCCGGCUUCCCACGGGAUCAGGAUUAUUCCCAGGUGUGCCGCUCUGUCAACCGGGUGAAGAUCUGCAUGGAGAUCGGCCGACCUGUUGUCCUCCUCAACAUCCAGAACCUGUAUGAGAGCCUCUAUGACGCCCUCAACCAAUGCUUUGUCAGCCUGGGGGGCAAUUACUAUGUUGACCUUGGCCUAGGAACCCAUCGGGUCAAGAGUCGUGUGAAGGAGGAGUUCCGGUUGAUAGUCAUCGAGGAGAAGAAAGUGGUCUACAGCCAGUUCCCCACCCCACUGCUGAGCAGGCUGGAGAAGCAUUGCUUGGACAUGAAUACCAUCCUCAGCUGGCAGCAGCAAGACCUGAAGAGGGACCUGGAGAGAUGGGCUGGGUCGUUUGUCCGUAUGGAGAGGCCUGAUGUGUUGGUGGCCCAGUCCCGUGCUCCGGUCCCCAAGGAACACGACGUCUUCAUUGGCUUCAGCGAUGACACCUCGGCCGCCGUUGUGCUGGAGUGCUCCCAGAACACCUGCUCUGUGGUCUACGAGUGCUGUGGAGACAUGGUCCUGUCCACUGCCACCAGCAAACUGGUGGCCUGUGCCACUCCUGACUCCAUCCUGCGCCUGAGGUACUCUGCGCUGGAGAACACUGAGGAGAUCCAGGACCUCUACUUCUUCAAGCAGAAGCACAACAGCCUGGCCAACCUCCUACGGGAGGCGAUGAACCAGCAGCACAACAAGGAGACUGCCACCACUGGGACAUGCCUGCAGGUACUGGGGCUUGGCUAUGGAGCACCCAGGGGUGCUGUUUGCAAGCGUGGUGGCCCCAUGGUCUUGGUUAAGGCAGGACAAUGA